GGUUUCGAUGAGGAAGAGCCCUUGGAAGCAGCAGCAGCAGCAGCAGCAGAAAGAGUUUCUUUUUGCCAUUUGUCUUCCGCCAUUGAAGGCGCCACCAAAGUCUACGGCUACAGAGUCGAAGCUGUUUACGACCAGACCUACCACCUGCUGAAUGGUUUGUCGAGCCUGAAGAACAGCAGCAACGGCGUGGAAGACGACGAGGAGCAGCAGCAGCAGCAGCAGCAGCAAGGCAGCAAACGGAAGCAGCGGCAGCAGCAGCAGCAGCUAGCCCUUUUCUUCAAAGGCGGCAGCAGCACUUUAGCAGACCCUCAAGACAUUCUUAACGAGCAGCAAGACACGGGGGUCCUCAUUGACCCCUUUUUCGUGUAA